AUGAAUUUCAGGAACAUGGAUGAGUUUUGGGCUUUUUAUGUGAAUCAACACUCGAAACCUUUAACAAGGCGUUGGCAUUUCAUUGGUACAGCUUCUAGUAUCUUCUUCUUGUUAUGUUCUUUGUUUUUUAGUUGGUGGUUUUUGCUCUUUGUGCCAUUAUCUGGCUAUGGAUGUGCCUGGUACAGCCAUUUCUUCAUUGAAGGAAAUAUUCCAGCCACUUUUGGGCAUCCAAUUUGGUCUCUUCUCUGUGAUUACAAGAUGUUUGGUUUAAUGCUUACUGGGAAAAUGGACAAAGAGAUCAAGAGGCUUGGAAAGAGGCCAGUCUUACAGGUUUUCUAGUUUCUUCAUCAUCAUCUUCUUCUCUUCCCUCUAUUUUUGUUUAUCCUUAUAAUAAGUUUUUUUCUUUAAUAUAGUUCAAGUCUGUCUUGUCUGAUCUUUCUUAUGAUCCCAAGUUCAGAAACAUGUUUUCUUGAAUUGAAACAACAUUCUCUCUAUUACAAUAACUUGAUUGGGAUUAGGAACCAACCAUUACUGUAACUGUUGUAGAUUCUAUAUACAUAUCCUCAUAUUGUUUUUGAUGUUUAUACUGAAUGAUUUGUUUCCUCAGAAUAAGUAACUCUCUUUACCAUA